CUGUCAGUCCAGUGUCUGUUCCUGGAUGAGAGAUAGAGCUGACAGAGAACUUUCCUCAGGAAAGAGUAGAUGCUACAGCACUACUGAAAUAUAUUUCCUCCACUGAAAAGGGAAUACACCACAGCAGUCUCUAGCUACGAUCCAGGAGCCAGUCAUGGCGCAACGCCCACGGGCUUCCUCCCAGCCUGGGAAACCCUCGUUCUUACAGAGCCCCAAGGUGGACAUGGCUCUGCGGCCCAGGGCCGUGUCCUCUCACUCGGGCUCCAUGCUGGAGGACGAGCUAACCUGCCCCGUGUGCUGCGAGAUCUUCCGGGACCCUGUGGUGCUCAAGUGCAGCCACAGCUUCUGCCGGGCCUGCCUGCAGCAGUUCUGGAACCAGAAGAAGGUGAGGCGCGAGUGUCCCGUGUGCCGCAUGAAGUGUGCCCUGACGGAGCCCACGGUGAGCCUGGCUCUGAAGAACGUGGCCGAUACGUUCUUCAGGGAGCAGAGGAGCCAGGGCGAGGCGGGUGGGUGGCCGGACAGAGGGGGUGUCCCAGUGAAGUCUGAGGCGAAGUGCCCCACACACGGGGAGGUGCUGAAGCUGUUCUGCCAGGACGACGCCGAGGUGCUCUGCUGUGUGUGUCACACGUCUAAGAGGCACCAGGGCCACCAUGUGAUCCCACUAGAGGAGGGGGCCCAGGAGCUCAAGGAAGAAAUGAAGAAACAAUUGAUCCCUCUGAAGAAGAGCCUCCGUGGCCUCUAUGAAGCCAAGCAGGAGUGUGAUGACACAACUGUGCACAUCAAGAGCCAGACCCAGCAGACAGAGAAUCACAUCAGAGAGGAGUUUGAGCAGCUCAGGCAGUUCCUUCAGAAUGAGGAGGAAGCCAGGAUAGCUAUCCUACAGGAGGAAGAAGAACAGAAGAGACAUCUGGUGAGGAAGAAGACAGAGGGCAUCACCGCAGACAUCCUCACCCUCUCUCAUGCCAUCAUCGCUAUUGAUAAUGAGAUAGCCUCUAGUGACGCUCUUUUUCUUCAGAACUACAGAAACACAAAGAAGAGAGCUGUGAUACCUCUGAAGGGUCCAGAGGAGAUCUCAGGGGCUAUGAUCAACGUGGCGAAGCAUGUCAGCUCCCUCAAGUACAAGGUCUGGGAGAAGAUGGUGGUGCUGGUAGAGUACACUCCUGUAACUCUGGACCCUAACACGGCCUACUCCUGGCUCUCUCUGAACAAGGACCUGACCAGUGUGACCAAUAGCGGUCAUGUGCAGGUGCUCCCAGACAACCCAGAGCGUUUUGACCACUUUGUGUUCGUCCUGGGCUCUGAGGGCUUCACCACCGGCCGCCACGCCUGGGAGGUAGAGGUGGGGGACAAGGACGACUGGAUGCUGGGUGUGGUCAAGGAGUCCAUCAACAGGAAGGGCCGGAUCUCAGGCUGCCCUGAGGGCGGCUUGUGGAUGAUCUCCCACUGCGAGGGUGAGUACAUGGCCAUGACCCGGCCACGCACCCCUCUAAAACUGACAGGGGAGCUGAAGAGGGUCAGGGUGCAGCUGGACUACGACUCUGGGGAGGUGACCUUCUCCAACCCUGUUAACAUGACGUCCAUCUACACCUUCAAUGAUUUGUUCACUGAGAGGAUGUUCCCCUUCUUCUGCCCUGGGGCCAACAUCAAUGGCAACAACCCUGGCCCGCUGAAGAUCUGCCCGGUCAAAGUGGCUGUGUGGAACAGCGCCACCUGGUGAUGAGGAGGGGUUCUGACAGUACCAUUCAAAGAGAGUGCUAGCUGUACAUCCAAGGCACAUAUCCAGCCACAAGACACAUAGGUAAUGGCAUAGUGAAAUGUUUGGCACGGUGUGUGUGAAAAACAAUUUGUAAGAUCUUUUAGAGAUUGUUUUGAUUGCCUUUUGACUUUAUCGAUAGAAGAAAUCAUAUACUGUUUAUUAUCAAAAGACUCCAUUUGACAUUGGCUUGUUUUGCCAUAUUAUGGUAUGUGUAGUAAAAAGCAUGUGUGAUUGAUGAAUGAAGAUAUACGAUUUGAUACAAUGAAUAUUACAAUUCCUGUAUAUAAAAGCCCCAAAAUGUUUAAAA